CCGACGAGUAAUGUUAGUGGGCACAGGUAACGUAUAAAAGGAGAGCUUUCUCGGUCUCAAAUCGUUUUUCUCCAAUUGUAAAGAUAAAUUCUCUCUCUUCGAGACAUCAUCCUUUUAUUUUUCUUGUUUUUGUUAAUGAUUUGUCUCUUUCCCUUAUCUGCCUGUUUUUGUCUGUAUCCUACUUGUUACCAUUUUUCUGCCACAAAAAAAAACAGUUUUUUUUCUUUUCAGAAUCGCACGAUUGGUGAGGACAAUUGCUACAUCAACCACUAAUCAUUCGGAAUAUAUGAGCCUUUUGUUAUUGUUUUAUAAUAAUAAUAAAUAAUAGUUUACUGUACUUGAUUUCUUUCUUUGUUUGUGUUUUCGGUCCAGACCCAAUAAAGCUAUCUUCAGCCACAACUUUGUCACAAUUAAUUAAUACAAGAUGGAGGAGAUGUCACCUGAUAAUAUACAUGGAGUCAUUUUAGCUGUGUCUUCCAGUAUAUUCAUCGGUUCUAGCUUCAUCAUCAAGAAAAAAGGUCUCAAGAAGGCUGGUGUAAGCGGACCCCGAGCAGGUGAAGGAGGUUAUGGAUACUUAUAUGAGCCUUGGUGGUGGGCUGGGAUGAUAACAAUGAUUGUUGGUGAGAUAGCAAACUUUGCAGCUUAUGCAUUUGCACCGGCUAUUCUAGUGACACCUUUGGGAGCUCUAAGUAUUAUUUUCAGCGCAGUGCUUGCACAUUUUAUUCUGCAAGAGAAGUUACAUAUGUUCGGUAUACUUGGCUGCGUCCUCUGUGUUGUUGGGUCUACAACGAUUGUUUUACAUGCUCCUCAUGAGCAAGACAUUGAAUCUGUCAAACAAGUAUGGCACCUUGCCACUGAACCAGGUUUCCUUGCUUACUCUGCUGUGGUGUUGGUUGUGGUGCUUGUAUUGAUCUUCUACUACGAGCCUCGUUAUGGGAAGACGCAUAUGAUAGUAUAUGUUGGGAUUUGCUCUUUAAUGGGUUCUCUUACUGUUAUGAGUGUUAAAGCUGUGGCAAUCGCCAUUAAGCUGACUUUUUCAGGGAUGAAUCAGUUCAAGUACUUCCACGCAUGGAUCUUCAUUAUAGUAGUGACCAUAUGUUGCCUUUUGCAGAUCAACUACUUGAACAAAGCUCUGGAUAAUUUCAACACGGCCGUCAUAUCUCCAGUGUACUACGUUAUGUUUACAACAUUCACCAUCUUAGCUAGCAUGAUCAUGUUCAAGGACUGGGCUUCUCAGAGCGGACUGCAGAUUGCGACACAGCUAUGUGGCUUUGUGACCAUUUUAUCAGGAACGUUUCUUCUCCACAAGACAAAAGAUAUGGGAAAUAGUGCCAGCUUACGUGGCGCCACGUCCCAGUCCCCUAGAGAGACUCCUGUUUUCAUCAACUCAGCUUCCACUCGCAGUACUCAUUCCAAUCUUUAGCCUUCAACGAGGCAACACGGGAAACAAAAAGGUUAAACUCAAAGAGAGCUUUUAGGGGGAUUUGACUUGGAAAAAAAAAGAGCAACUGGGUUUUAAAGGUAUACUCUGUCUUUGAGCGGGAGGAAAAUUUAGGGAAUGAUUUGUUAGGAACUAUAUUCGAUGGAUUUUUUUCUGGAAUAUUCCUAAGAUAUUUGAUAUCUUACGUUAACAAUACACUUUGACUUA